AUGAAUAAAAGGACCUUAUCCAAUGACGAAAACGAAAACGAGAAAAACAAGAUCGGCGUGAAGAGAUACCUGAUGAGCAAUGACGACCCAUUUGAAAGCCAGAAAAUGUUUCACGAACAAAAUUGCGCGUCCAAAAUGAAUGCCAAUGCUCUUAUAGACAUGAAGGAGGAAGAGGGCUACGUUCAUAAUGACAUGAGCAACGGCAUGAAUGGAAAUGAUAAGGAGGUGGAUAUGAGUUGUGGUAUGAGUCGAGGCACCACCCUGAUUGAUACGAGUAUGAACACUGACCGGGAGAACACCAAGUACGGGGGCGUUACCACGAUGAGCGAGUUUGGCUACGGAGGCGUCGUGGGGGGGGCUUGCGUUGGCAACGGCUGCGUCGCUAACAGUUGCGUUGCUAGCAGUUGUGUCACUAGCAGUUGCGUCACUAGCAGUUGUGUCGCUAGCAGUUGUGUCGCUAGCACUUGCGUGGCGAACAGCUGCACCCCCAGCGACGGCGUAGUGAACAACCAGCCCCCGAACAUAUACUUCCCCAGCGACAGUAAGAAAAGAAAGGGCAGCAAGUACAGCGGUAUGCCGUUCCUCAAGAAGGAGAAAAAUUGCUUCAACACAUUCCUCGUUUUGAAAGACGUACCAAGAGAUGCGGACGAGGGGGAUAUCAAAUCCUUUAUGAGGCCAUUUAUUCAAAAUAUGAAUCCUGAAAUUAUAUUUGAACGGGAUGGAAUUAUUGUUAAGCUGUAUGAUGACGAAUUGAAUAAGAAUAUUUUCAACUACUUUAAUGAACACCCAACACAGAUCAAGGGUUCCUUCGUGAGCGUGAAGCUUUCUAAGCUUAGUGACGAUGGUGGUGUGUCCGCAGUUAAUAAGGAGACCUUGGACGAGUACGAAAGCGGGAGCGUCUCCGCGAAUGCCUCUGCCAAUGCUGGCCCAAUGGGUGGCCCUAUUGGCGGUCUCGUUGGCAGCCCCAUGGGCAACCCCAUGGCCGGUCUCAUUGGUGGAAAUGGAAAUAACCUGGGCAGUGGCGUCAACGUGACAAGCACGAAGGAGGUCCUAGAAGGCACAAAUAAAAAAACAGGCAAGCACAACAAAAACGAGACCUCAAGAGUCAUCCUUGUGUCUGUCCUCAACCUACACUACCCAGUGGACAUUGAUUUAAUAUAUUAUCUGUUUAGCAAAUGCGGAACGGUAGAAAAAAUCAUCACCUUCUCGAGGAACCCGCUGAUCUAUCAAGCCUUAGUUCAGUUUCAAAACAUCGAGACUGCACAGGAAGCUAUUAAGACGCUACACAAUAGGAACAUAUAUGAUGGGUGUAACACUAUACAAAUUCAGUACUCCGUUUUAAAGGAGCUAGUUGUGAAGGCAAACAACUCCAGCUCGCGGGAUUACACAGCGGCCAACUUGGGCAAAAAUAAGAACCCCUUGAAUGUCCAGACCUCGCAUGGUGUGCUGCCUACUCCGACACGGAAGGGAAACGACUCCGAGCUGUACCUCAUGCUGGAAAGGAAAUUCAAGCUAGUCGACUUCGACGCGAAGAACACCUCGAAAACGCCGGUUCUGAUUUGUUACAAUAUCCCGAAGGACUACACGGAUGUGCAUAAGCUCUUCAACCUGUUCAGCGUAUACGGCUUCGUGUCUCGAAUAAAAAUCCUGCGGGAGAAACCCGACUCCGCUCUCAUCCAGUACGCGGGCUAUCUGUUCGCCUCAGUGGCUCAGGAGUGUUUGCAGCACGCCAAAGUUGGAGACCAAGUUUUGGAGCUCCACUUUUCAAAAAUUCUAGACAUCCGUAUUGCGCCGCAGCAGAAAAAAAUCGAGUCAUACAAGGCCAAAACGUUCAGCAGCUAUGAUCAAAGAUAUUUGCUGGCGGAUCAAGCGAAGUACAUAAAGGGCGCGUGCAAGCCAACCAAAACGCUGUUCAUAUCGAACGUAAGCGAAGAAGUAACGGAGGAAUGCAUGAUGAACCUUUUUAUGAAGUACGGAGAGAUUAAAAAAAUUAAAAUCCAACCAGUUAAGGAGGGAAAGAAACACAUAACCAUCACAGUGGAGCUGAGCUCAGAAGACACGGUAAGGAAUGAGGAGAGUAAUUAA